AUGAUACUUCCUUCUUUAAGAGAAAAAAGGAAUGCAGCUGGCCUAACACCUCAUGAAUUAUUCACCGAGAACCAUAAGCAGCUAGUUUCUAAAGGUGAAGAGUGGAUAAAAGGAACAGCUAACCAAUGCAUGGUGGUUGCUGCACUUAUAGCCACCAUGGUAUUUGGGGUAGCCUUUUCAAUUCCUGGUGGGUACCACCAAGACACUGGCCUUCCAAUGUUUAUCCGAAAAGAAAUCUACAUUGUCUUUGUCAUAUCCGAUGCUAUUUCUUUGUUCUCCUCUUCAGCUUCAAUCCUCAUGUUCUUAUCCAUGCUAACAUCUCGUUAUGCUGAGCAAGAUUUCUUAGAAGUAUUACCAAAACAACUAAUGAUAGGUCUAGCAACACUUUUCCUCUCCAUAAUGACCAUGAUGGUUGCUUUUAGUUUCAGCUUCUUCGUGCUUUACCAUAACAAGUUGAUCUGGGUGCCGAUAUUUAUUGCUGUGGUUGCUGCAAUACCGGUUAUUUUAUUUGCUAAACUGCAGUAUCCUCUUUUGAUGGAUAUAUACGGCUCAAUAUAUGGUUCCAGGUAUAUCUUUAAACCAAAGAAACAUAUGCUUCAGAAUCGGAAUCCAAGGUGGUAA